AUGAUCUUUGAAGUCCUAAAUUGUAUAGAUGAGCAGAAAGUUUGGCUGGGUACUUCUAUGCUCGAAGGAGAAGCUGAGGACUGGUGGAGCUCAGUAAAACUGUCGGGGGAAGGGUUAGGAGUUGUGACUACUUGGGAGAAUUUUUUAGAAGUCUUUUAUGAGAAAUAUUUCCCCGACUCUGUAAAGGAAAGGAAAGAGGUAGAAUUCAUAGAGCUCCAAGGAAAUAUGGAUGUUGAGAAAUAUGCAGCGAAGUUUGCUGAACUCUCCAGAUAUGCGCCGCAUAUUAUUAAUUCUGAGGCGCGAAAGGCUAGUAAAUUUGAGAGGGGCCUUCUGCAGGAUAUAAGGGGAAGGACUAUCACAACAAACCUCAAGACCUUCUCCUUGCUAGUGGACUUGGCCCCAAAGAUGGAGAGAGAUUGUGACGACUUUCAGGCAAGAAGAGAUGAAAGGUUGGGUGUCGCUCAGUCUGGGAGUUUUAAGAAGAAGGCACGACCACUUCCAAGGAGAGAGUUGAAGGGGAGAAACAAUCAAGGUGGUGUCAGGACCUUGGGGAUUGCUCCAAAUGAUGUAAGGGGCAACCAACUCCCAGUUUGCCCUCACUGUGGUUUGUGA